UGUGAGAGUACAGCCUACUUUCUGUCAUUUCCUGUAGGCUAAUAUUACUAGUAAGAGUUAAGAUAGCAGCAGAAGUCCCACAGCUCCCACAGCUCCAUAUCACACUCACAACUCAGAGCAAGUAUGUUUUCAUUGUGGAGAAACUUGACUACAAGUCGCUAUGUUAUUUUCAGAGGGACUGCAGCGGACUUGUCCUCUCUACGGACACGUCAAACUUGUCUGGCUCCGUGCAGCGACAGACCAUGUCUGGGCAGCAAUCCCAACAGAAAGAGCUCCGGGAAACGUUUCAAUGUGCCACCGAGCGCCGAGUUUGUCGCCCGGGUGUCGGGGAUCCCCACCAUGGCCAAGCUGCCUUUCCAGGAGACCGCGGAGGGGCUGGACGCGGCGUUUAUCGGGGUGCCCAUCGAUACCGGGACAUCCAACCGACCCGGAGCAAGGUUUGGCCCAGGCAGAUCAGAGUGGAAUCUGCCAUGUUGAGAUCUUACAACAGUGGCACCAGGGCAGCACCUUAUGAGUCCCUCAUGGUGGCUGAUAUCGGGGACGUCAACGUGAAUGUGUAUGACCUGAAGGACACCUGCAGACGCAUCAGGGAGGCCUACAGAAAGAUCCUGGCUACUGGCUGCAUUCCUCUGACUAUGGGUGGCGAUCACACAAUUGCAUAUCCGAUCCUGCAAGCUGUUGCUGAGAGGCAUGGCCCGGUGGGUCUGGUCCAUGUGGAUGCUCAUGCUGACACCAGUGAUGUGGUCUUGGGGGAGAAGAUUGGACAUGGUACUCCAUUCAGACGUUGUGUGGAGGAAGGGCUACUGGACUGCAAGAGAGUGGUCCAGAUCGGCCUGCGUGGUUCAGGCUACUCUCCAGAUUCAUAUGAAUGGAGCCGGGCGCAGGGUUUCCGUGUUGUUCAAGUGGAAGAGUGCUGGUUCAAAUCUCUUGCACCUCUGAUGGCUGAGGUCAGGGCUCAGAUGGGCAGCGGUCCAGUUUACCUCAGCUUCGACAUCGAUGCUCUUGACCCGGGCUUUGCCCCCGGAACAGGCACACCAGAGAUAGCAGGACUCACUCCCAUACAGGGAGUGGAGAUUAUCCGGGGCUGCCGUGGUCUAAACCUUGUUGGAUGUGAUCUAGUGGAGGUGUCUCCUCCCUACGACACCACAGGGAACACUGCAGUGACUGGUGCCAACCUCCUUUUUGAAAUGCUGUGCGUCCUUCCCAAAAUAAAAUACUACUGAUCAGUACAGACCACACAGUUUGUUAAUAAUGAGUACAGAUACCCGAACGCCAAAUGAGCAGCAGGCUGUCCUGCUGAAUAAACCGCUGACAACCAGUUGAAACACUCGACUGUAGCAGACAUCAUGUCUCCACUAACUUGUAAAAAGCAUCAUAUUCUCCUGAUGUACAAGUUACAUAUUGUUUAAAAUAAUACUCCAGGGUCAUAUAGAUGACAUAAUUAUGUCAUGUGCAACUCACAGUAACCAACGAGAUUAUGUUAUUGACAUUUUUACAGUUCAUAUUGACGAAACAAAUGAAUAAAUCAAGCGCACACUAAAGUUUGAUUUCACUUUCAUGUGUCAUGUCACAUAAUUUUUACCAUACAAUGCCAUUUUGAAAACAUUCAAAACUGGAAAUGCCUGUUAUGUUUUGCUACAUAUAUAGAGCUCAUACUGUACAUACACUGAUCUGGCAGUUGUUUCGACAUGUUUGACUGUACUUGUGGUGGUCACUGCACUGUCCUCGUUCUGCAUACGUGGAGCUGUUGCUGUUGCUGUUGGAACUGUACUUCCUCUGUACUGGUAGAGCUAAAGAAAGAAACCUGGUUCCUAAAAUAAAAGUUCCCUUCAUCACGUGUG